AUGGCAUUGACAGCCAAAACCUUUGCGUACGACGUGCUCACCAAUCCGCGUCAUACAAGAUGGAUUGCGCCUCUAUUGAUUCUAGGCGACGCGCUCCUCUGCGCUCUUGUCAUUUGGAAGAUCGCAUACACUGAGAUCGAUUGGACAACAUACAUGCAGCAGGUCUCGCUCUAUAUAUCCGGCGAACGCGACUAUCCCUUGAUCAAAGGCUCGACCGGUCCCCUCGUCUACCCUGCCGCGCACGUCUACAUAUACACCCUCCUCUACCACGUCACGGAUCAGGGCCGCGACAUCCUCCUCGGACAGGCCUUGUUUGCCGUGCUAUACCUGGCCACUUUGGCUGUGGUAGUCUCCUGUUACAGGCAGACCGGUGCGCCGCCUUAUCUCUUCCCAUUGCUGGCUCUAUCAAAGCGGCUACAUAGCAUAUUCGUCCUGCGUCUGUUCAACGAUGGCUUUGCGGCUUUUGCCAUGUGGCUUGCUAUCUACCUGUGUUUGAAACGUAGGUGGGUAGCGGGUAUUGCAGUUUGGUCUGUCGGCGUUGCCAUCAAGAUGACACUUGUGCUGCUGGUGCCAGCCAUUGCGGUCAUUACUCUUCUUAGUCUGGGAUUGGCUAGAAGUAUCUCACUUGGAGUGAUGGCUAUCCUCGUACAGAUCCUCCUUGCAGUGCCCUUUCUCCAGGUCAAUGCUACAGGUUACCUCUCUCGGGCCUUUGAGCUAUCCCGCCAGUUCAUGUUCAAAUGGACCGUCAACUGGCGCUUUGUGGGGGAAGAAACAUUCCUUUCCAAAGAGUUUUCAUUGGCCUUGCUAGUUCUGCAUAUCUCCCUGUUGGCUAUCUUCUUCACAAGCUGGGUGAAGCCUUCAGGGACGAACGUGGUUCGCUUCCUUCAAGAUACUCUCCAGGGUCGCCAGCAGACAGUGCCACUGUCGAAAUCGUUCACCAUGACCGUGAUGCUAAGCUCACUGGCCAUAGGCUUACUAUGUGCCAGGUCCUUGCAUUACCAAUUCUUUGCCUAUCUCGCAUGGGCCACUCCCUUCCUUCUCUGGCGUGCAGGAAUUCAUCCAGUCCUUGUUUAUGCAGUGUGGGCACUGCAAGAGUGGGCCUGGAACGUCUAUCCCAGCACGGAUGCGAGCUCGGCCAUUGUGGUUCUGUCGCUCGCAGUUCAGGUCUUUGGCGUGCUUUUGAAUGGGUCCAGUAGAGUGGAAAAGACCAGUCGCCCCAGUCGCAGCAAGUCGACUGUUCAAUAA